UUCGCGGGGUAUCGUGUGGUGUGGUACACGACGUGUACUGCUGAGCUGGUUAACGUCUUGCAAAAGCCACGUCUUAGACGGACAGUGUCUUUCGAGGAAAGAGUGUAGCUCGAAUUCAAUUUAGGAACGUGCACCGUGCUCCACAAUGGUGCCAAAGUAUCUUAGCUUCCUUUUUCUGGUACUCGUUACCGUCUUAGCCGAAGAAAAAGAUGUGUUGGAACUCACCGACGAAACCUUCAGCCAUGAAUUAGAACGGCAGGAGAACACGCUUGUUAUGUUUUACGCACCAUGGUGUGGUCAUUGCAAGCGAUUGAAACCAGAAUAUGCUAAAGCUGCAGAGCUGCUUUUAGGCAGUGAUCCUCCGAUCACGCUCGCCAAGGUAGACUGCACGGAAAGUGGGAAGGAAACCUGUAACAAAUAUUCCGUCAGUGGCUAUCCGACAUUGAAAAUCUUUUCCAGAAGUGAUGUUGUAAGCGAUUACAAUGGACCUAGAGAAGCUGCGGGUAUUGCUAAAUACAUGAAGGCACAAGUUGGUCCAGCAUCUAAAGAACUGACUGGAGAGAACUGUCUGAAAGCAUUCUUAAACACCGAUGAAGUAAGCAUUGUUGGCUUCUUUGAGAAGGAUGAUUCACCUUUGGCUACAUCCUUCCAUGCUGUUACUAAGAAACUUAAAGAAAAAGUCAGGUUUGCUCACACAACUGCAAAGGCACUUUUGGAAAAAGAAGGAUAUAAGAAUACUAUUGUUUUAUACCGACCAAAAAUGUUGCAAAAUAAAUUUGAACCCAACACUGUUCAAUUCGAAGGUGAAAAUUCCAUUGCUGAUGUACAAGAAUUUAUUAACAAAAAUUACUUUGGCAUCGCUGGGGUUCGCACGCGAGAAAAUGCAGCGGAAUUUAAAAAUCCAUUGGUUGUUGCUUAUUAUGCUGUGGAUUACUUGAAAAACCCCAAGGGCACGAAUUACUGGCGCAACAGAAUUAUCAAAGUUGCCAAGGACUUCCCUAACUUAAAUUUCGCCAUAUCUUCGAAAGAUGAUUUCCAACACGAAUUGAAUGAUUUCGGAAUCGAUUUUGUCAAGGGCGAUAAGCCUGUUAUUUUAGCAAGAAACGCCAAUAACCAGAAAUUCGUCAUGAAAGACGAAUUUACAGUUGAUGCGUUCGAAGCAUUCUUAAAGGACCUCGAAGCGGACGCUUUGGAACCAUAUAUGAAGUCGGAACCAAUUCCUGAAGAUAACACCGGAAAUGUUAAAGUCGCGGUAGCUCGAAACUUCGACGAAGUUGUCACAAACAAUGAUAAAGAUACGUUGAUCGAAUUUUAUGCUCCUUGGUGCGGUCACUGCAAACAAUUAGCACCUGUCUUCGAUGAAUUGGGUGAAAAACUUGCUAACGAGGAUGUUGAGAUCGUCAAGUUCGAUGCCACCGCUAACGAUGUUCCCUCACCUUACGAAGUUCGAGGAUUCCCGACACUUUUCUGGGCACCUAAAGAUUCCAAGGAUAAGCCUGUUAAAUACGAAGGUGGCCGAAAUAUCGAUGAUUUUAUUAAAUACAUUGCCAAGCAUGCAACCGAUGAGCUUAAAGGAUUCGAUCGCAAAGGCAAAGCUGUAAAGCCUAAGAGCGAUGAAUUGUAAAUUUCACUCGUAAAAAUAUGCGUGAUACGUUUACAAUAUUUUUAUGUCUCAGCAGCAAAACGUGGAAUGAAAUUUUCGAGGACUUGAAAGUGUGACAAGAAUGGCAUUUUAAAUGUAAGGUCUAAUCAUUUUUUCUAGUUCCAGAGACAGGUUUGAAUGAAAGAGAAAGACCCUUGGUAACGCGUGGCUGCACUUACUUUACGAAUUAUUUGAAUGCGAAGUGAAAUGUAAUUAGCAUAGAAUUGUCUACAUGUAUUAUGGUAAUAUUAUGGUAUUGCGUAAAACUAUGCAGAACUGAUUUAGAAUUACCGUGGCAAUGUUUUCCAAUUCAUUGAACUACAUUUAAGAAAUAAGUCUCCAUUCCAGUUGCCGCAUUUCACUAUGCUAGGUUGAAGUUAAUACAAUAAUUUUUGUUUAUACAAAGAAUAAAAUGUUUUAUAUAAAAUUUUAUGCAUUGCAACCAACGAUACUCCUUGUUAAAAUAAUUAUACUCUUGAAACUUCCCAAUAUGCAAUUUUUAGGGGACAUUUGGAAACGGAAGAAAAUUUUGUUCAAUAAAGUUUGUAAAUAAAAAUU